AAUAAAAAUGUUAUAUUUCAGAAAAUCUAGAUUCAGCUGCUGCAAUGUUAGUUUACAGCAAUGAACCUGAACGUGAGGAACAACAAUACUGAUGAGUAUUCAGAUUAUAACCUAGAAGAAGAUUCUACUCCUCUUCUCAUCUCUCAAUCUCACAAGAUGUCUUCCGUCACAGAUCUAUACGAACACUGUCAUCGGACGGAGCCCGAUCGAAAAUCUCCCGCGCAGGCGCGCCGUCAGCUCACCAUAGCUUGCAUCCUAUGCUUUCUGUUCGUGGUCGGAGAACUUGUCGGAGGUUACUACUCCGGUAGUCUGGCCAUCAUGGCGGACGCAGCUCAUAUGUUCUCUGAUUUUGCCAGUUUUGGAGUUAGUCUCUUUGUAAUCUGGUUGAGUGGGAAGAAACCCAAGACCACGAUGACCUACGGGUUCUAUCGGGCUGAGGCUCUAGGUGCCCUCGCUACUGUUGCCAUCAUUUGGUAUGUGACCGGUAUACUGACCUACUUAGCUAUACAGAGGUUACAAAACGGAGAAUUUGAGAUUCAUGACAACGCUAUGCUAGGUGUAGCUAGUGCAGCAGUACUCUUCAAUAUAACACUGGGGCUCUGCCUUCACGGAAUAUGUUGCUCCUCUCUCUCGGGGCUCCACGGACACUCACAUGGGGGACAUGACAGGCUACAGGAGGAGGGAGAUGUAGAAGUGGAGCAUGCACAUUCUCACGCAGAGCAGCAUAUUAAUAUACGAGCAGCCCUGAUUCACGUUCUUGGUGAUCUACUCCAGAGUAUUGGUGUUCUCUUUUCUUCAGUUCUUAUCAAAAUAUUCGGGGAGUCUUGCAAGAUUGCUGAUCCGAUCUGUACCCUUAUAUUCGCAUGUAUUGUCCUGGUUACAACUGUGUCAGUGCUCCGGGAUACCUUGAGAAUACUAGCAGAGGGAACUCCGAGACGUAUCAAAUAUAGUUCACUUCGGGAUGAGCUUCUCCAGAUACCUAACGUGAAAAGUCUCCACGAUCUUCAUCUUUGGUCACUGACAGCUGACCUGCCUGCUGCAUCUGUUCAUCUCGGGGUCAGCGUAGGAGCUGAUAGGGAUCUUAUAUUAUCCAGUGCAAAUAAGAUUCUCCAGUCUAAAUACGGAAUCCAUAAAACCACAGUUCAGGUUGAACUGUACAAGUCACAAAUAUCCUCUGAAUGCUUAAAGUGCCAACCCUUGGAAUCCUGACCUCAAACUCCGGUCAGAGCAAGAACUCCUCCUACUCAGAUAUACAAACCCAUCAAUCAUUCAGAGUCAUUUCAAGUCAGUUCUCAAUCUUCUUGGGACCAAACUGAUUCAGACUCCAGUCAAGUUAAUAUUCUUAGCACUUAAUCGGAGUCCCUUUCAAGAGAACCCUUACAAGUCAAUUUAUGGAUCUAUUGAGGUUAUAUCGCAACCUGUAUCACAAAAGGUCGAUUUGAAACCUGGACCAUACAGAGUCUAUUUUCUUUUUUAAGAUCCAUAGUGGACAACACGAAGUCCAUUUAGGUUCCCUUGAGACGUGGACCAUAUAGUGCCCAUUUAGGUUCCUUUGGGACCUGGACUACACCGAGUUCAUUUUAGUUCCUUUGAGACCUGGACCGCACAGAGUCCAUUAAGGUUACUUUGGGACCUGGGCCACACAGAGUCCAUUUAGGUUCCUUUGAGACCUGAAACAUACCAAGUCUAAUAAGGUUCCUUUGAGACCUGAACCACACAUAGUCCAUAAAGAUUCCUUUGAGACCUGAACCACACAGAGUCUGUUAAGAUUCCUUUGAUACCUGGACUUCACAAAGGCCAUUUAGGUUACUUAAUACCUAGACCACAUAGAAUCCAUUCAAUGUGCCUCUGAAACCUAAACCAUGAAGGCACAUAAACCAUCGAAAGUUUUGAGGUCCAACCAGAGUCACAGCAAAUUUAGUCCCUUGAGAUUGGACUGCACUGUUGAUUGUACACUCGCAGUUACUAUAAAACAUACAAAUGGUACUAAUAAAUCUAAAACCUAAACCUUAAAGGGUUCCAGGUUUACCGAUGUAGUUAAUCCUUUAAGGUUUUCAUUCCAGUUUUCAUAUUAAACGUUUUUGAACCGGUUGUGAAAAAUUCAGGUUGUUGAAAUCAGGUUUACCUUUUUAUAUCCACUGUGUUAUACUCCUUUUUUUUAGGUCACAAAAUAUUUUUUUUAUUGCAUAUUAUAGUUUUACCUGCGUUCUUGAAAUGUAGUUACAUUAAGUUGAAUUUAUAACAAACAAAAAUCAAAUUUUUAUCGAAAAGUCAAUACUAUCGGAUUAAAGUUUUUAAUAUCAUUUUUUAGGUUUAUGUAUUUUUAUGGCUUUGGAAAAAUAUCUUAUUAUUUUUAGAUUCACUUUCUGAUUGUUAAAAUUAGGAAAUUAUUAUUUGUCGGAAUUAGUAAGCAUACUACUUAACGUUAAUAUAUUUAUUGUAUAAUAUAAACUGUGAUCUAUAAUGGAUAAUGUUUUUAAUGGUUUGUGUAUUAUACCCCCCCCCCCUGUCUCCCAAAA